AUGGAGGACUUUGAAGAAAUCGGGAGCGAGUCAAAGUGGGUGAAGCAGUCUGGGCUCCGUCGACGCUCGUUCUAUCCAUGUGGAAAUACGCACAGCAGAAACGUGAUUGAGGAUGAGUUUGAGGGCGAGGUUAAUGGGGUUAGUGAGGUGGAUGAUGCAGCAACUAGCGAAAGCACCAGCACAGCUUUAAUCAGCGUUGUUUGGGAUAUAUUUCACUCGAAAACAUACAACGUGCCAGUGCUCUACUUCAAUGGGUACAUAGACAGCCAGCCACUGCGAUCACUCGAUACACUCAUCGCUCAAGGCAUACUCAAGCACACAGAACACAGCGGGUAUAUUUCCAUCACUGACCACCCACUUUCCCGCCUUACCUGCUACUACAUUCACCCCUGCAAUCUCAGCACUGCGGUGGACGAGAUAAUGGCGGCAGAGCCCCACGCAGAGUACAAUAGAGUAUGGAGGAUGAUUAUAGAUACAUUAGUUUACAUUAGUUGA